AUCUCUCUUGAUUCCGUAGAUAUAUAUAUAAUAUAUUAUAUAUAUAUAUCACCUCAAUACAUCGAGAUUCAAGAAUCUGAGAUCAACUAGAUCUAUCAAAUUUAAGGAUUUGUUUGGAAUAAUGUUGACAAAAUUUGAGACAAAAAGUAAUAGAGUGAAGGGACUAAGUUUACAUUCGAAAAGACCAUGGAUUCUAGCAAGUUUACAUAGUGGUGUGAUACAGUUAUGGGAUUACAGAAUGGGGACAUUGAUUGAUAAGUUUGAUGAACAUGAUGGUCCUGUUCGUGGUGUCCAUUUUCACGUCAUGCAACCUUUGUUUGUGUCUGGAGGAGAUGAUUACAAGAUUAAGGUUUGGAACUACAAGUUGCACAGAUGUCUCUUCACUCUGCUCGGACAUCUUGAUUACAUCCGUACUGUGCAAUUUCAUCAUGAAUCUCCCUGGAUAGUGAGUGCAAGUGAUGAUCAGACUGUUAGAAUUUGGAACUGGCAGUCACGGACAUGUCUUUCUGUUUUAACUGGUCACAAUCAUUAUGUGAUGUGUGCAUCCUUCCACCCUAAAGAAGAUCUUGUGGUGUCAGCUUCACUUGACCAGACAGUUCGUGUUUGGGAUAUUGGAUCCCUAAGGAACAAAAAUCCAUCACCUGCUGAUGACCUGAUGAAUAAUUUAAGUCAGAUUAACUCUGAUCUUUUUGGUGGAAUUGAUGUUGUUGUGAAGUAUGUACUCGAAGGUCAUGAUCGAGGAGUCAACUGGGCCUCAUUUCAUCCCACAUUGCCUCUGAUUGUCUCAGGUGCUGAUGAUCGUCUGCUGAAGCUGUGGCGAAUGAACGACACGAAGGCUUGGGAAGUGGAUACAUUGAGAGGGCAUGUAAAUAAUGUAUCAUGCGUUAUGUUUCACACCAAACAAGAUAUAAUUGUUUCCAACUCGGAAGACAAAAGCAUUCGUGUUUGGGACGUGACAAAACGUACUGGUAUUCAUACUUUUCGAAGAGAACAUGAUCGAUUCUGGAUACUUGCAUGUCACCCGGAAAUGAAUCUUUUUGCAGCUGGACAUGACAGUGGGAUGGUUGUUUUUAAACUUGAAAGAGAAAGGCCCGCUUUCUCUGUAAGUGGUGAUUCUAUGUUCUAUGCUAAAGAUCGCUUCUUGAAAUAUUAUGAGUUCUCGACUCAGAAAGAAACACAAGUGAUGCCCAUCCGACGGGCAGGGUCGACAUCUUUGAAUCAGGGCCCACAAUCUCUUUCAUAUAGUCCUACAGAAAAUGCGGUUCUCGUAUGUUCAGAAGUUGAUGGUGGGUCUUAUGAGUUAUAUAUUGUACCCAAAGACAGUAUCAGCAGGGGCGAUACAGUCCAAGAUGCGAAGAAAGGACCUGGAGGGUCAGCAGUCUUUGUUGCCCGAAAUCGAUUUGCUGUGCUUGACAAAACCAGUAAUCAAGUGAUAGUCAAGAAUCUAAAGAACGAGACUGUUAAGAAAAGUGGACUUCCAAUUACUACAGAUUCUAUUUUCUAUGCUGGGACGGGUAAUUUACUAUGCCGGGCCGAAGAUAAAGUGGUUAUUUUUGAUCUUCAGCAACGAGUCGUUCUUGGUAGUCUUCAAACGCCUUUUGUCAAGUAUAUUGUCUGGUCAAAUGACAUGGAAACCGUGGCCUUACUGAGCAAGCAUGCCAUAGUUAUAGCUAGCAAGAAGCUUGACCACCUAUGCACUCUUCACGAGACAAUUCGUGUCAAGGGUGGUGCCUGGGAUGACAAUGGUGUUUUCAUCUAUACGACCCUGAAUCACAUCAAGUAUUGUCUUCCCAAUGGAGACAAUGGAAUAAUAAAGACCCUUGAUAUCCCUAUAUACAUCACAAAAGUUUCAGGGAAUAAAAUAUUCUGCUUGGAUCGGGAUGGAAAGAGCAAAGUUAUAGUUAUCGAUGCAACAGAAUAUAUAUUUAAAUUGUCGUUACUAAGAAAAAAAUACGACAAUGUCAUGAAUAUGAUCCGAAAUUCAAAUCUUUGUGGACAAGCCAUGAUUGCUUAUCUACAACAAAAGGGAUUUCCUGAAGUUGCCCUUCAUUUUGUGAAAGAUGAAAGUACUCGUUUCAAUUUAGCACUCAAUAGUGGGAAUAUUCAGAUAGCAGUUGCUGCGGCGAAGGAGAUAGAUGAGAAGGAUCAUUGGUAUAAACUAGGGGUGGAGGCUCUUCGACAGGGUAAUGCUGGAAUUGUGGAGUAUGCUUACCAAAAAACGAAGAAUUUUGAGAGAUUAUCAUUUCUUUACUUGAUUACUGGGAACAUGGAGAAGCUAUCAAAAAUGCUUAAAAUUGCUGAAGUUAAGAAUGAUGUCAUGGGUCAGUUUCAUAACGCCCUUUAUUUGGGUAAUAUUCGGGAACGUGUUACUAUUUUAGAAAAGGCAGGUCAUUUACAUCUUGCUUACAUUACUGCUUCUGUUCAUGGGCUUCACGAUGUUACUGAACGACUUGCAGCUGAGUUGGGUAACAUUCCCGAGUUGCCUAAGGGCAAGGUACCUUCACUUCUGAUGCCACCAACUCCUGUCACCCGUGGGGGAGAUUGGCCACUUUUGAGGGUCAUGAAAGGAAUCUUUGAGGGCGGUCUUGACAAUGUAAGUAAUAAGGUUGUUGCUGGCGACGAGGAAGAGGAAAAUGAUGGUGAUUGGGGUGAGGAACUGGAUUUAAUUGAUGUGGAUGGUAUUGAAAAUGGGGUUAGUCAAGAAAUCGGUGAAGAUAAUGAAGAAAACGACGAGGAAGGAGGGUGGGAUCUUGAAGAUUUGGAGCUUCCUCCUGAGGCCGACACUCCUAAAGCUUCUAGAAGCUCCCAUUCAUCUGUUUUUGUGGCCCCUACUUCUGGGAUCCCUGUCAGCCAACUUUGGAUUCAAAAAUCCUCACUAGCUGCUGAACAUGUAGCAGCUGGUAACUUUGAUACCGCAAUGAGAUUAUUGCAUCGACAAUUGGGAAUGAAAAACUUUACUCCUUUGAGAUCGUUGUUCAUUGAUCUUCAUUUUGGGUGCCAUUCUUAUCUGAAUGCUUUCCCGUCUGUUCCCGUAUUGUCUAUACCAAUUGAACGGGGUUUGACUGAGUCAACUGCCUCGAGGGGGCCACCUGCACUUGUGUUUAACUUUCCUCAACUGGAAGAGAAAUUAAAAGUGGCUUAUAAAGCCUUUACAUCCGGAAAGUUUUCUGAGGCCCUUCGAGGUUUUUUGAAUAUUCUUCACACAAUUCCUCUUAUUGUGGUUGAGUCAAGACGAGAAGUUGAUGAAGUGAAGGAACUGAUUCUUAUUGUAAAAGAAUACGUUUUGGCUCUACAAAUGGAGCUCAAAAGAAAAGAAAUUAAAGAUAACCCUAUUCGUCAACAAGAGCUUGCUGCUUAUCUUACCCACUGUAAACUUCAAGUUCCACAUCUGAGGCUCGUGUUACUAAAUGCUGUGAAGUUAUCUUACAAUGCAAAGAAUAAUAACACCGCUGUGAAUUUUGCUAGACGGUUUCUAGAGACAAAUCCCACCAAUGAGAAUCAAGCAAAGACAGCAAGACAAGUGUUGCAGGCGGCAGAAAAGAAUCUGAUCGAUUCAUCUAAGCUAAACUAUGAUUUCAGAAAUCCGUUUGUGAUUUGUGGAGCGACUUAUGUUCCCAUUUAUCAUGGGCAGAAAAAAGUUUUGUGCCCAUAUUGCAGCUCCAAUUUUCUACCGAGUGAAGAAGGGAAGUUGUGUAGUGUAUGUGAUCUUUCAGUGAUAGGUCUUGAUGCUUCAGGGUUGUUAUGUUCUCCGUCUCAGGUGAGGUGAUAUGUUACUAAAGUUUUUGAAGUUCAAGCAGCUCUAUACAUAUACAUUUGGUGGUGCAAUCCGGCUGGCAUAAGAUGAGCAAAUGAUGGUAGAUUCUUUCAUGGAUACUUUUACAAGUCUUUGUUGAUAGAGUAGAUCUGUAAGCUCUUCUGACAAGCAAGAUAUUUAACGCCAUUGCUGCACUUAAUUCCUUGGUUUAAUUCUGUUCAUCCCUUUGGAGAAUGCUUUGUUUAUGAUCUUAAGCUGAACCCAUCUUUGUACUAUUAAAUUCAUUUAAGCUUAAGUACUUUUAAUAUAUGAUUUUGAACUGCAAAAUGCCACAUUUACAU